AUGAGCGGAGGUGCCUCGGGCUCGUUGGGCUCGUUGGGAGCUCUGCUGCAAACGCAGCGAUCGAGGUAUCGUGUGUCGCACUACGGGACCAACGCGCGGUCGGACUCUUCGCUCCGCGGCCCGGCCCGGCACGCCGAAAAGGCGCAAGGUGGCCGCGGGGCGAACUGGCCGCUCUGGAGUGGGUCUGGUGUUUCUCGGGAGGUCGGCGUUUCCUUCAUCCUGGAGAUCAUCCUCCGGGUAAUGGCGGAUGGCUGGAUUUGGUUUUUCGCCGCCGGCAAUGCAGUGGACGUCAUACUCAUCCUGGUUACAGGCGUGGUCCCGAGCUAUAUCCUGAAGCCUUUCUUCAACGUGGAUAGUGGAGAGCUCCGAAUUGGCCAGGCCCUGCGCUGCGUACGCCUCAUCCGCAUCUUGAAGAGUGUGCGCACUAUCAGCGCCUUCAGAAUCUUGUGGUCGCUGGUCAGUGGCAUCGUAGACAGUGGCCGCAUUCUGCUCUGGACGCUUACGAUCAUCACAGUGGUCCUCUACAUGUUCUCUAUCUUCUUUGUGCAGCUGCUGGUGCAUUCUGGCUUGGCCUUGACUGAGGAACAGAACGAGCUCGUCCGGCUCUACUUCACCACAGUUCCAGAGACCAUGUUCACCCUCUUUCAGUGCCUGACGCUGGACAGCUGGACGGGGUUCAGCAGAAUCUUGCAAAUCGACCAGCCAGUCAUCGGCGUGCUGUGGCUGCUCUAUGUGGCCGUCGCGUGCAUGGUUCUGAACAACUUGGUGAUUGCGGUCAUUGUCAACAAUGCCUUUGCACGAGCAGAGCAGGAUGAGGAGCUCCAGGCAUCCAUCGCCCGCGAAACCACCGAGGCAGAGAUGAAUGAUCUGAGGAUUCUCUUUGAUGAGAUCCACCCAUCAGAGGAGGAAUCCGAAGAGCCCAAGUACCUCACUCAAGAGGAUUACGACCUGGCCGUUGAGAGCAACCAUCCUUCCUUGUGGACCAAGUUGAAGCUCGUGAACCUGGAAGAGGACGAGAUCAAAAAUCUGUGGAAGUACUUGGACUUCCCUCCCGAGAUUGACAAGGAGGAGUUCGCAUCGCAGAUUCGCGCCCUCAAAGGCGAGUGCAAGGCGAAGCACAGCUACACGGUGGCGAUGAACCUGAAGAAGCUCGAUGCCAGACUGCACCAGGCACGAGCGCAUCUGGAGACUCACAAGAACAUUUGCGAGACACUCAAGAAGGAGACGACCCAGGUCCAGUUGGAGCUGUCCAGGGCCCUCUCUGAGGCGCGGUUUGCGGCUGCGAAUGCCUCCCCUGCGACGCUGCUUCUAACCAUAGACGUGACCACAGCUGCCAACAUGGUGGGCAUGACCGGCCGGCGAAGCGGCGCUUUGCUCCCGAGCGCUUUUCUCCUGCUUCUAGGCGGUCUAUGCACGGCGGCGAAUGUCAACAAGGUACUCCAAGGCUUCGAGGAUCCUGAGAAGGUGCUGGACCAAGCCUUGGAUGACAUGCAGGGUGACCUCAUCAGAGUCAGGCAGUCGUAUGCCGAGGUGCUUGCAACCCAGAGGAAGUUGCAGAGCCAGAAGCAGCAGGAGGACCGGAUUGCCUUGGACUGGUAUCGCCGGGCGGAGCUGGCAGUUGAGAAAGGCGACGAUGAGCUUGCGAAGGAAGCUUUGGCUCGUCGGCAACGCGCAGUGAACAAGGUCAAUGACCUCCAGGCGCAGAUCGACGCAAUGACGGUGAGCGUUGAAAAGCUCUUUGACUCGGUGAAGGCGCUUGAGGCAAGGAUCGCAAUAUCCAAGGAGGAGAAGGAAGAGCUCAUUGCCAGAGCAAGGACUGCCAAGACAACCUCGCAGGUGAACGAGAUGCUGUCUGAUCUCACCAGCGUUGGUUCCACGGGCGCUUUCGAGCGAAUGAAGGAGAAGGUGGAACUUCUGGAGAACCGCGCGGAGGAUGAGCUCGCAAAGCUCAAGGGCCAAAAGGCCUUGCCAGCCGGCUUCUCCGGCAUUGACGGGGAGCUGGAGGCCAUGCGCAAGAAGACGACGGCGAAGUGA